AUGUCGCUCCUGCGCCCCCGCCCGCCCCCUAACGCGUCGCCCGCAAGGAUCGCGAAACUGCUGCGACGCGCAGUAUCGCUCUCUGCGGUCGAAGGUCCCACGCAUCCUCCGCUCGUCCGACAGACGUUCCCGGAGUACUUCGCCACGGAGAUCCUAGCCAAGCAUGCGUCCCGACCUGCUCUGAUCUCGAGAAGCGAGCCACCUCGGCCUCACGGCGGCCCAUUUCCGCAGAAUCAGCUCGUGGAGAGCCAUCUUGCAUGGGACUUUGGAGAGUUCGAUGCGCAUAUACAGGCCCUCGCGCGAGGUCUACUGGACAUGGGAGUCCAGAAGGGUGACCGCGUUGGGGUGGUAAUGGGCAACAACAGCGCAUAUGCGGUGCUGCAAUGGGCUUGCGCGAGCAUAGGUGCCAUCGUCGUAACGCUCAACCCCGCAUAUAGGCUACCUGAACUUGUUAGCACCCUGAACCUCGUCAGUGCCAAGCACCUCUUCAUCGUCCCAAGUCUACGCUCCUCGACCUACGUCCGCACACUCGCUAGCGCCUUCCCUGCACUCGCACAAUCUGCACCUGGCAACAUCCAAGAACCGAACCUCCCUUCACUCAAGAAUCUCAUCGUCGUCGACAACGUCCCCGGCGCGGACGGCAGAGUCAGUGGUGACCUGAAGAAAUUCGAGGAGGAGCGCGAGGUCGCGCGGUGUGCGGUGGACUUCCGGGAGGUCCUCGUGUGGCGGGAAGAUGGCCCGCUGAAGACGCGGGUUAAAGAGCUUGCGAGGGGCUUGCAUUGCGAUGAAGUAAUGAAUUUGCAGUUCACAAGUGGGACGACGGGCGCCCCGAAGGCAGUCUCGGUAACGUACCGCCAUUAUUCCACUGCUUUGAUACGAAAUCUUGCCGCCUGGAGCCAUGGCGCCUGCAUCGUUUACCCUUCCGAGACGUACUCGCCGCCGGCGAUUGUCGACGCGAUCGUUGACGAGCGGUGCACUGCGCUGCAUGGCGUGCCGACGCACCAUCUCGGUGUCCUUCACGAGGUGCAGCGACGCCGUGCAGAGGGCGAGACAGUCGAUACGAGUUCGUUGAGGACGGGGAUUGCGUCUGGAGCCCCAGUGCCAAUCGAGAUGAUGAAGCGGUUGAUUGAGCAGCUCAAUCUCAACGAACUCACUGUGGCAUUCGGCAUGAGUCCGUCUCCUCCGGUGUCUUUCCAGACAAAUCCGGACGACCCAAUCAUCAAGCGUGUUGAGACAGUCGGCCGUCCGCUGCCGCAUGUGAAGGCGAAGAUCGUCGACGAGCAUAAGGAGACAGUGCCCGUCGGCACACCGGGCGAAAUCCUAGUAUCAGGUUACUUGGUGCACAAAGGGUACUGGGAAGACGAGCAGCAAAGCGAAAAGGCGAUUGUGAGGGAUCCGGAGGGGGUGGCGUGGAUGAGCACGGGAGAUGAGGGCAUCAUGGAUGAGGAAGGAUACCUGAAAGUGGUUGGCAGAAUCAAGGACAUCAUCAUACGCGGCGGGGAGAACCUCUUCCCCGUACAAAUCGAGAACGUCCUGACCACACAUCCCGCGAUAAGCCAGGCGGCCGCAGUGGCAGUCCCACAUCCAGUGCUGGGUGAAGUAGUCGGUGCGCUGAUCGUCCGCGAGACCAAUGCGCCGCGGCAACUCUCCCGCGAGGAGGUGCGCGAAGUCGUUGCGCAGGGCAUGAACCCGCAGAACGCGCCUGCCUGGGUAUGGUUUACGGGCGAAGACGGCGUGCCUGACGAGCUGCCGAAGACCGCGAGCGGAAAGGUCAUGAAGCACGUCCUGCGGAAGUGGGCGAAGGACUUGGCGAAGAAGGACGUUGGUCGCGCCGGCGCGCCAACGGCAGCAACCUAUACUUCAUGA